AUGUCUCAGGACGUCUCCUCUGCUCAGUCAGGAAUCACAUCAGUCGUGUCUCCAAAGGAGAAUUCAUUUCUCCGUGUAAAGAGUCUGAAGGCUGCUGAAACCUACUGUGAUGCCGGACAGAAGGGAGCUCAGUGCUAUGGCGCUUUGGGAGGAACUGUGGCCUUCAAGCUGAUGGACGAAACCUCAGAAAAACACAGAUUCAAUUUGAAGAAGGAAGUAUCAAUGACGAAUGAAUCAAACCAAAUUAUUCUUUCUGUCAGAAGCAAUGUGAUUACUUCCAACACCAUGAGCAGCAGAUCUGUCUUUAUUCUUAAUAACGGAACAUUCAAGAUCAAUAACCUGAGCAGAAGCGACGGUGGUAAAUAUACGCUUGAGAUUUUUGAUUCUACUGGGAAAAGAAAAGAGAAUAGGACUCUACAGCUGCAUGUUCAGGCCCGUGUGUCGUCUGUGCGUAUGAUCUCGGAGUGUGUGGCUCAGUUGUUAAAGGUGUCCUGUCUCUCUGAGGGUGGGGACAGUCCUCAGUACUCCUGGUUUCUGAAUGGACAACCAACCGGAGACACAGAGAUCGUGAACAGAAAUCCUGUGAAUAACAUCAUUAUUCUGAAACAAAACAUGUCAGGAUACCUGACCUGCUCGGUUUGGAAUAAGAUCAGCAGUGUCUCAGAAGAAAGGAGGAUAUCUCUUUGUGAAGAUAAGACUCAUGAAACUCAAUGUAGCAUCCAAGAAGACAAAGCAAAGUGUUAUGGAGCUUUGGGAGGAGCCGUGGUCAUUCAACUGAUGAACAACACUUCACAAACACCCAAAUAUGAAUGGAAAAAUAAAACAUCAACAAUCCUAAGAGGGAGAUGGAACAAUUUUGCUCCAAAUGACAUGGAGGGCAGAAAUAUCUUUAUUCCCCUGUAUGGUACGUUCAGCAUCAUGAAUCUCUGCAGAGCUGACAGCGGUAGCUACACUUUGGAAACGUUUGAUUCAGAUGGACGAAAAAUAGAAGAGAGGAGUCUUCAGCUGAUUGUUGAAGCUCCUGUGUCCUCUAUCAAGCUGGUGCCUGAGUGUUUGUCCCAGGGUCAGAUGAAGGUGUCCUGUCACCCAGACGCAGGUGAUAGUCUGCAAUACAACUGGACUCUGGAUGGACGCACACUGACAGACUCUGAGCUCUUCUCAGGAAGUAAUGAGACUGACGUCAUUGUUCUGAGGCAGAAUAUCUCGGGACGUCUGGUCUGCUCAGUCUGGAAUCAAGUCAGCCACGCCUCUGAGGAAAAAACUCUACUGGUUUGUGAAGAUUUCUCUCUGCUCAUACACAGUUUGCUGUUUGGUUCAACAGCUCUUUCCUGUUCUGGCAUUUGGCUCUAUUUCAAAUUGAAGGAGACCAAAUACAAGGAGUUUGUUGGUCACACCACUAAGAAAAGAGAAUCCAGAUGA